CCUCUUAUCCCGCCCCCUGCUCCGCCGCUGUCCUCUCCUCUCCUGAACGCUGAUGUGUUACUAACUCCAGCCUGCAACUCUGACAAAAUGUUCAAUUUCGGAACAAAAUUGCUGCUGCUUUUCCUCCUGGCCUUCCCUUGUGGCUUGAUAUCCAUCGGCCACGUCUCCGCAGACUCCGACUCUGCUGAGGACAUUGCUGAGGACCAAGAUGCUGCAGUGGAUGAGGAGGAAGACGAUGAAGAAGAGGUGCUUGUUGAGGAAGAUCAGAUGCAACCCUCGGAGGGAGACGAAGACGACACCGAGGAAGCGGCUGAUAAGCUGUUAACGUCUCAUCCUGAUGCCGACACGACCAUCGUCUUCAUGACGGGAGAAGAGUUUCCUGCCAAUGAAAUUGUGAGGUUCCUGGUGGGUUUCACCAACAAGGGAAGUCAGGAUUUCACCGUCCAGUCCUUGGAGGCCUCCUUCCGUUACCCCCAAGACUUCCAGUUUUACAUUCAGAAUUUCACAGCUUUGCCUCUGAACAGUGUAGUGCAGCCUCAGGCUCAGGCCUCCUUCGAGUACUCCUUCAUCCCAGCUCAGCCCAUGGCAGGUCGUCCGUUCGGCCUCGUUAUCCUUCUCAACUAUCUCGAUGCUGAGGGCAGCAUGUUCCAGACUGCCAUUUACAACCAGACUGUCACCAUCACUGAGCCAGAAGAAGGACUGGAUGGAGAAACAAUGUUCAUGUACAUCUUCCUGGUUGGACUGGUGGUCCUGAUGCUCUUUGGGAUGUACCAGGUCCUGGAGACGAGGACGAAAAAGAGAAUGCCAGUGAAAAUAGAGAAGGGCACCGGCGGGAUGAGCGAUGUGGACAUCAGCUGGAUCCCUCAGGAGACUCUCAAUGUCAUGAACAAGGCUUCCCCUAAAUCAUCUCCAAGGAAACGAGCCAACAGGGCAGCUGGAGCAGAUCAAUAAAGCAGUUCAUCCAUCCAUCAUCAUACUUUUACAAACAACAACAACGAACGGACAUUGCAUUUAAAAUGUUUGCAAGGAUCUCGGUCUGUUGGUGUCUUGACCAGAAAGCAUCCUGGACUCUGCUGCUCUGUUCAGAGCCUGACCUUUCAGACAACAGCAGGACUGAACCACAGUUCAUUUUUAAAGGGACUUUUUUUUUUUUAUCAGUAUGUAUGUGUGUGAACGGUGAUAAAAGCUAAACCAAGAAGUCAUUACAUUUUUUUUUUUAUGGAAAAAAAGAAGGAUUGUGGCAUGAACUGCCACCCAAGAGAAAGCUGAACACAUCAACUCCCUUCCUGACUCAAAACUGUGAAGUCAUACUUGUAUUUUAUUUGGGAUUUGUUAUCAUUAUUAGGACAAAAUUCAUUUUAUGACUUCAAACCUUUCGUAUUUGAUCUGCUGAGUUGACUCCCCCUCCUCCAUCACGUAAACAUCAUUGUGCCUUAUCUGUGCCCUGCCAAGAUUUAAUGUUAGGAACCUGAUUCCCCAAUGCCUUUAAUAUCAAGUCACAUGUGACCUGAGGUUUGUAAAGGUUUAAACUUUUUCUUUUCAGUGGAGCAGCUGCCAUUACAACAAAUAUUAAAACAGUGUUCUGGAGGUUUCUGCAGGUUAUUUUACCUGUUUGUUUGAUGUUUGUUUGUUUUCAUCUUAUUGUAAAAGGCGCAGUGGAGCGUUUUCAAAAGCAAUAAAAUGGUGAACAAAGUG